UGAUAACACCACACACAUGAUGAGCAGAGAAACACUACACUCCUGUGACGGCUCGUCCCUCGCGCCGACUGUCAGCGCGUCGCCUACCGCCGUGGAAGGUUCCCCAGACCUCGGCACCAUGUCUCUUGCGGAUGAGAAGAAGGCCCAGUCGGCCUUGCCACCACCACCAACACCAUUACCAUCAUCAUCACCAUCACCCGCUUCCCCCCAACCAUCGGUCACCGUCACCAAACCCCUCGACCCGUCCAAGUCGUGGCGGGAAUGGCGGCGGGAAAACAUUGGCGGCGGGCAGAUGCUUUUCAUUCUCCUGCUGCAGGCGUUCUCGGCCGGCCUGCUCGACGCGUUCGCAUACGGCGACUUUGAGACAUUCGCCUCGAACCAAACCGGCAACAUGAUCCUCCUCACCCUCGCGGCGGUCGGAACCGUCCCCGUCCUCUUACUCCUCACUGGUGUCUCGCUCGCGGGCUUCAUGCUCGGCGCCUUCAUCUUCGGACACUGGGGCACGUGGGCCGGCCCGCGCAGGCGGCAGUGGCUGCUGUGCACGACCUCGUGCCAGACUCUCCUGACGCUCGCCUGUGCGCUGCUUUCCAGUCCUGCCGGGCCAAAAGUCACCCAGCACAAGGGCAAGCACGAGUGGGUCGUCAUGUUCCUCAUGGCCUUCAUGUCCGGCGCACAGGUGUGCAUGGCCCGCCAGUCCAAGUGCCAGGAGGUCCCGACCGCGCCGAUGACCUCCCCCCUCGUCGACUUCCUCACCGAUCCGAACCUAUUCAAGCGAGGGAACGAGGAGGAGAAGGUCUCUACCGGCCCACGCAAUCGCCGCAUGGCCUACCUCGGCCUCGUGAUCGUCGGGUCCUUUCUCGGCGCGGUGCUCCACCGCUUCGCAAACAGCUGGAGCAUUGUCGUCGCGAGCGUAGGUAUCAAGGCGAGCGUGGUGCUCGCCGUGGCGCUCGCCAAGCCAUGCGGGGUUUAAUUGUAUUCAUAGAUAGCAUAGCAUAGCAUAGAUGUACCGCAUAGAUGUA